CUAGACGUCGCCGUUGUUCUCUUUUCUCUCUACCGUGUAGCUGCUGGGUCACGUGACGCAUCUGUCAGAGGACAGUAUGGCGGACAUGCAUGUGGACCCUCGAAACAAAUUUCACCGAUUGUCCAGCUAACGCCGCCGUGAGAAAACAUCGAUACCACGCGCAGAGCUGGACCGGCGGUGCCCGAAGAGACAGCAGAAUGGACGAGGAGAACAAACUUCAGUUCCCGUGUCUGCCCGCGACCAAGGAGGACCUCCUGGACUGGGCUUAUCCAAUGAGACGGGAAAUGCAGGAGAUAUUACCGGGACUCUUUUUAGGUCCCUACUCUAGUGCAAUGAAAAGCAAGCUACCAGUUCUUGAGGGACAAGGCAUAACACAUAUAGUGUGUGUCCGCCAAGACAUUGAGGCCAAUUUUAUCAAACCUAAUUUCCCCCAUACAUUUAGAUACCUUGUAUUAGACAUUGCUGACAAUCCAGUGGAAAAUGUAAUACGGUUUUUCCCUAAGACUAAAGAAUUUAUUGAUAGCUGCUUAGCAACAGGAGGGAAGGUACUGGUUCAUGGUAAUGCAGGAAUAUCAAGAAGUGCUGCCCUAGUGAUUGCAUACCUUAUGGAAACAUUUGGGAUGAAAUACAGGGACGCGUUUAGCCACGUCCAGGAGAGGAGGUUCUGCAUCAAUCCGAACGUGGGCUUUGUGCAUCAGCUGCAGGAGUAUGAGGCCAUCUACCUAGCCAAACUGACCAUUAAAAUGAUGUCACCGAUGCAGCUGGGCAGGUCCUUCUCCCUACAAGCUGGGAUGCCAGGAAGCCGUAAGCGCAGCCUGGAGGAAGACGAAGACUUUGGAGCAAUGCAGGUCACAGCAGCACAGAUAAGCUGAUGAGCUUUGCUGACAUUUAGCUGUGCGGUGCUGUGCACUAAAUCAUUGGAUAAUUUUUGUUUUGUUUUAACUGGGAUUUAAAAUGUAAAUAUCUCCAGUUUCUAUGGAGAAGUGACGAGAGUGGCAUGGGGUCCGCUCAUGUCUGAAAUGGAGUACUGAAGGGAGAUGGUCAAAGUUGGUGACUUUUUUUGUUUUUUUUUCCUUGAGCUGUAUGCACUGAUGGGAGAUUUUUUGCAGUUUUAUAGUAUUUAAAGCAUUUUGCAUUUGCAGCAGGACAGUAUUGCAAUAAUGCACUUUCGAUACUUGAAUUUGUGUGGACGACCAGAAGGGGGCAGUAGCUGGGAUGACACCCAGUGGAGGAGAUGUGAAAAGGGUUAGUUAAUGCCUUUAUUUUGGGAGUAAUAGGAGUAUGGACUAAUAUAAGACAGUGUAAUUGUAAGGAAUGGAAAUUAACUUGCUGCUUAAUAAAAAGUCUGUCC